AGAGACGAUCAACAACUUUCAGUCAUCUUGUUUUUAUAAUAGGCUGUACAUUCAAUGAUAGCUAAUACCAGUGGCUACAUUUUGUCUUAUUGUUACCAGUAGUUGACAAUUAAUCGAUGUGUUACCUUGUGCAGUACAAAAAAUUUGGGACGACACGUUCAUGACUUGCACAUCUCCAGCACCCAGCACCCAGCAGGCAGCAGGACUUCAGUCUGCGGGAAAUCAGACAGAGGAAGCGGCAUUAGCAGCUAGCUUAUCCGGAAGAAGAGAAGGGUCCAAUCUGGAGGGAGAUCAGUUUCAAAAAAUGGAGAAGGCUGCCAUCACCGACUUGCCAAUGACGCAUGUGAAGAAUGUUAAUGAAGGUGAUGAUGAUGUCCACCAGCAGCUGCCGAAGGCUUCUGCCGGGCAGCAGGAGCAGACCCUCGGUGUGGCGCAGAGGGAGCCAAAGCCCCCCCACAUUAAAGAAGAAAACGAUAAACAAGCAAGGAGACAAAGGUCAUUCCGGCAGAAAGCUUUGCUUCAAGGACGGAAGGAGGCUCAAUUUCAGGAUUCACAACUUGAUCACGUUAAAAGAGAGCAGGAGUGGAAGGUAGAGGCGCCAACUAACAGCUUAACAGCAAAAGCUCAUAAAGACCAGUUGUGGGGAUCAGAGCCAAAUGACCAAUUGAGUCCAUGUUGCCAAGAUGAUGACGACAUGGAGUCAGAAUCUUCUGAGACUGAAGACACUGAUGGAGGUGAAGAACCUUCCAAGAGCAAAAGAGCCUCUCAAGCUGUUGGUAACAAUUUUAAACUUGUUUGUGUUGUUUGUGGUGCAAGAUUCCAACUAGUGGGAUACUUGCGAAAACACUUGAAUACACACUUGACAACACACACAACAGCCACUGGAGAAAAAACAUUUGAAUGUGUAAUUUGUGGUAAAACAUUUACAGAUAAGACGAAAAUUACCGCACAUUUCAGAGUACAUGCUGUAGAAAAACCAUUUUCCUGCUCAAUUUGUGGCCAAGAAUUUCUUAAAAAGUGUCAUCUGAAAAAACACGAUAGAACACAUUCAGGCCAAGUAUCUUUUUCCUGCUCAGUUUGUGGCAAAGGAUUAACAAGUAAAUAUAGUUUGAACUGCCACAUGAGGACGCACACGGGAGAAAAACCAUAUUCAUGUUCAGUGUGUAGUCGCAGCUUCGCGACGCAGCCUGCUUUAAUGAGCCACAAGAUGAUCCAUGGUAAAGAAAAACCCUUCACUUGCUCAGUUUGUGCCGAAAGUUUCUCUCAAAAGGGCAAUUUGAUGAGACACUUGAGAAUACACACUGGAGAAAAACCCUUUUCUUGCUCGGCUUGUGCUGCACGGUUUUCUCAAAAGGAACAUUUAAUGGCACACUUGAAAACACACGAAGCUAGCAAACCGUUCACAUGCAGUGUGUGUGACAAAACAUUCUCUCGUUUACAACAAGCUGAAAAGCACAAAUGUACCGGCAAGAAGGGCAGAGGUAAAUGAGGUAAUGACUUUACUCAAGCAUCAGAUGAUUUUGAUGCAUGUGGGUGACAGGAUGAGUUAAUUCCAUCCGAAAACGUCAUCUUGGAUGGGAACCACCGACAUUAACGUCUUUGACAAAACUACCAACCUUUACACUCAUAUUACCCAAUAUAGUAGAUGUAAUCAGAGAACUAAGCAAUUUAAAACACAAACAAGACUCGUGCUCCUGUGUGUCAAUAAACGUCGUCUGGAUCUGUGGACAGGAAGUGACAACGGGGUGUUGAGUGUUAGCCAGAGUACGGCCAUGUUAUUACGAUCAUGAUGAUAAUUAGUAUUUUUUAUUAUGUCAUUACUGUGUCCGUUGUGAAAUAAAUAUAGAAUAAUAAAAGCCUGCUUGGUGACCAAGUCUGGUGCGUGUUACUACAGUGACACCUAGUGGCCAGUGUAGUACAGUUCAUCAACGUCUUGCAUUGCCUUCAAACUGUAUUUGUAUUUUAGAUCAUUUAGAACAGGGGUCACCAACGUUUUUCCUUGUGAGAGCUACUUUUACAAAAUGAAAAUGGCCAAGAGCUACUCAUUUUUGUAACAUUUGUUUUCAGAGCUUAUUUUAAACCCCAAAAAAGCGAAUAUGCUUGUUUUACCAGAACAUUAACAAAAUGCUGGUGUCCACAACUCACAUUUUGUAUUUCAGAAUGCAUUUCUUUCUACUGUUCUUUCAUUAUUAACUGAAAACCUGAAUGAAAGGCAGGCUUGUGGGCACCUCAUGUGGUCGUGGGGGGCUACCUGGUGCCCGCGGGCACCACGUUGGUGACUCCUGAUUUAGAACAUUUUCAUGCCUGAAAAUCCUUAAUUUAGGCCAAGAAUACGUAACAUUAGCUUAAAAAUGUAUUUUAAUGAUAAGCCGUAGUCAACCACGAAACAUCAUUUACGAAAUAAUACAUUUUUGAAAAACCACAAUGGAGUGAGGUAGCGAUGCUCAAACCACGAUGAACGUCUUUACCUACUUAUCUCAAGUAUUAUUCACAAAGCGGUCUAAAUCUGUGUUACUGAGCACUUCUCCCCGCACACAACAAACACUUGUGUUGUGCUUUGGCACAGUAGCAUGGAAGCGAUCACAUGCACCCAAAAUUGAUCCCACUGUGACAUCAGAGAAAAAAUAAUUUCUUCGUAUAUUAUUUUCAAAAUAGAAUAGAGUAUUAUUCCUAAAUGUACAUGCAUUUACAUGUCGUUUUUAAAAAUUAUUUCGGUAUUGCUUCUGUAAGUUGUCUGUGGCCUGCAGUCAUAAUUGUGGGGAUCUUGUAUUGUGAUUUGUUGAAAGGAGAUGUUUAAUGUGUCAGAGGACGUUUUCUGCUGCUCCGCAAAGUCUUUGCUCCGUAGCCUUUUGAGGGUUACAUUUGGGAAAACUACAUUUUCAUCCCUCACUGGCUGUGUAAUGUGCCUUUACUCCCUCAUUUCUUUUUUAGGUGCCUGACAAAUAAAGUAUAUCAACAAAACUGCUCAGAUUCUUUUUGUUUUAAUGGAGAACAUUUGUGGCUUGAAGCCCAAUUAAAAUUGGGACAUAGGGCCACAGGCG